UAGCGGCAGCGAGGCCGCGCGCUUGGGGUCUAGCGGCUUGGCGUCCCCGCGGCCUGAGGCGUCAUCUGCGUGGGCGCUCACGCAGGGCGGGUCGCGCGGCGCAGGGCGAGAGGGAAGUCGUGGCGGCGGCGUCGGGAACAGCAGCAGCGGCGGGAGCGUGGUGCUGACAAGCCGUGCGAGAAAUGGGCGACCCAGGGCCGGAGAUAAUAGAAUCUGCCCCACCAGCUGGGCCUGAGGCAUCUGAAUCAACAACGGACGAAAAUGAAGACGACAUUCAGUUUGUUAGUGAAGGACCAUUAAGACCUGUUCUUGAAUAUAUUGAUCUGGUCAGCAGUGAUGAUGAAGAGCCUAGCACCUCUCAUAGUGAUAGAAUGCCUGAAUCUAAGGUGCCACCCUCUGAGAAUCAUCGCCCAGAAAUGUGCUCUAGCUGCAGUGUUCCUCUUCCCAUUGGAGACAGCAGCUCCUCCUCUGGGAGUUGUGCCAACAGUCCACAAAGAAUAGUUUCUCAACCUUCUUCUGUUGAGAAUCAAUUGGAGAACCAGAAAAAUGAUCAAAAUAAUUCAGAUAUUAAUAUCUCUGAAACAGAGACACUUAAAUCACAAAACAGUCAGACUCUACCUUCAUCAUCACUACUGGUCCCCCAAGAGUCUUUGGCUUUUUCUGAGGUCAAAGAAGAUUUACCUAUCAUGAUGUCUUCAGCUUCACAGAAUGGACAGGAUGCCAUCCUGUAUCUCCAGACACAAGUGGCUGAGAUGUCCAGAGUCAUACGUGAUCUGCAGUCCAGGAGUUGUUUUAGAUUUCAUCAUUCUAGGUCAAGUGAGAACUCAUCAGUUCCUUGGGAUAUGUCCACCUCUAAGGAGGACGGCUUAUCUACAGUUGAAGAAGAGGCUGAUUGCAAAUCUCCAUCAGCUGAUGACAAAGGGCAGCCAACUGACCCCAUGCAGUCUAGUUUCACGGGUCUUUUGAAGAGAAUGGAACAAAGAGGUGUUAUAAAGAGGGUGACAUUACAGUCUGAAACCGAAACAUGUGAGGGGAAGCCUGAUUGGAUGACCUCUAAAAAACGUUUGGUUCCUCCAUUGCAUCCACUUUUGAGAAUUGCCACCACUGAAGUUUUUAAAGACCCUGCUGAUUGCCAUCCUUCUUCCUUCAUGGGACAUAGGGUAUAUCCUGUGGCCAAGGACACAUCUCCUUUCCAACCAAAUCCACCAGCUGAGGGACCCAUUAUAGAUGUACUAGAACAUAGCAAAAGAGGAAACACGACAUCUCCUUUAGACUCUACCUCAAAAGAAAUGGAGGUCAUGGGUUGUAGGUUCUACCAUGCUGCUUCCAUUGCAGCCCGAGCUGCCAGCUAUAUGGCCUAUAUGACUCAGUAUCAGCGUAAACUUUGGGAAGACAUGGAAGAUCUGGUUCAUGAUCCAGAGUUUGAUCGUGGAAAAGCAAGGUGUAUAAUAUCGGAUGGCAUGGAUGCAGGACUUUGGCAGCUUUGUACCACCAGGGACAUAAUGGACUCUGUAGUCAGAGUUAUGGCCAUGGCAGUGGACUAUAGAAGACAGGCCUGGCUUCGACUUACAUCUCUCACUAAGAAAACCCAGGAGAAGAUCUUACACUUGCCCUUUGAUGGUACAUCUCUUUUUGGACAAGAUGUGAAUGCUAUUGUUGCAGAAGACAAUAGUAUUAAAGAAAAUGAAUAUAAAGAUCACAAUAAAUACUAUACUCAGCAUCGAUACUUUUAUAGUCACGAUCAGAAAGCACAUUAUCACAACAGAGGGUACUCCAAAGGGGAUUGGUACAAACCCCGGAAUCACCCUUAUAGAUAUAGAAAAAAGGGAGACUCUCCAGAGCGACAUGGGUAUAAAAAUUAAUACUCUGGAUGUUUAGCAGAUUAGCCUUCCAAGAUCCUACUUUACCUGUUUUUCCUCAAGUUGGGGUCAUCUCAGAAAAUGAGUGCAUGUCUGGAAUAAUCACAGCUGAUGUCUGAGUUCUAGACCUUUGGAAUGAAGUUUAUAAUAAAAAGACUUAAGCUUUGUUGGCCAAAUGGAGACUUUGCUCUAAGGAGUAUUGGACAGGGGUUUACCCAUUAUUUUUAUUCCAAAAUAAGUCCAGAGAAGGGUACUCAGGAAUCUGAAUCUUCUGGAAUUAAAAGAAAAUGUGUAGAUUCAUGCCUCAGGAAAAUCUUGUUGGUAAACUGAGGACUAGCAGAUUUUGGAUCUGGAAACAAUUUGCUACUAGAUCAGUGUUUACUAAGACUGAAGUGCAAAACCUUCAUUUUUAGAUCACCAGUGCUUCUGGAACUUCAGGCUUCAGCUUGAUGGGUCAUCAAAAAGUGGUAGAUGUGUUACAGUCCCUCUGUUAAGAUUAUCAGCUCACCAUAGUUCAUACAGUUAUCAGUCAUGAAGCUAUAUGUCUGCUGGAAUUCCUUAAAAUUUUUGCCAAAUCCAGUUUACUUCUAACUGGGAUGAUUAAAUGUGACAGGUCUACUUUUGGACUCAAAGUGGAAAAAAUAUUUUCCUACCUGUAACAUGACUGUAGAAAAGUUAAACUCUUCAUCCUGACUGAAGGCUCCCACACCAUCACUGCUCAUAACGCUGCAUGUGGGAUAGCUUUCAUUGCCAUCAAUCCUUGUAGUCUUUGACUUACCACCUGUGAGACUCGGGCGUGAAAGUGGGCCUUCCAGUGAGACGGCCUUCUUAAACCUGUUUUCUAAGCAGUUGCUUCUUUUGAGGUUGAUAGUGCAUUACAUUCUCAGUACAAUAGACAAAUGCAUCGCCAUGGCCCUGGAAAUACAGAUUAUUCCCAUCAUCCAGGCAUGCAAAUCUGAACUCUUUAAGAGCAAGAAUUCCAAACAUGCCUGACAAUCUGGUCUCUUGAAGUAAAGAGGGAUGACAUUAGUCUAGACUUCCUUGAGAAAUCCCCGAUACGUAAAGUGUGAUUGGGUGUUUUCAAGAUACACAGCUGUUUCUGAAUAUAGAUGAUAAUACUUCUUAUUGAAUUCUUGAAAGGUUGGAAUCAACACUUAAGUGAUGUGUUCUUGGUUGACUUAAUUUGUCGUGUAAUCCAACUGGACUAACUCUAAGAGAUGAUUUACAUUUUGCUCCCAAUAAUAACGCUCCACCUUUCUGGAGCUGGCAGCAGAUACCUCAGUUAUGUUAGUGUCCCACGGUAUCAUUCUAAUCUCAAGGCAAUGGCUGUAUAAUAUACUAGCCCCUAUGUCCUUGUCUUCACAGCAUGACUUUUAAAGUAGAAAGUGUCAAGUUUGAGGAGGUUUGAACACUUCACCUAAUGUAACUUGGCAGCCAAAAAAUAAUUUUUUCACAAAUGUAAUUAUGUAACGUCUUGGAUGUUCAAACACCUGCUUUUUCUUUAUUUUUAAUCUGCUUGAUCAAAAUGUUUUAAAUAUACUAUUAGUGGAAUAUAGCACUGUCUUAGGGGUUUGUGUGAUUUCUGUUUCUUACCAUGAUUCUUACAUCAUAGUGGUUGACAUUUUCUGUGAUGCUAACCUCUUUGUAAGUCAUUAGACAAUGCCUUCCUCCUAUCAUACCCAUAGCCAGCACUCUGCUUAAUCUACAUUUCUUUGUCUUACUACAUAGAACUUGAUAUGUAGACCAGGCUGGCCUUGGACCCAUAGCUAUCAGCUUAGCUCUGCCUCCAAAUAAAGGCCCGGCUGGCACUUCUCAUUUGUGCAUCUAGAUUGAAGGCAUGGAUUUCACAGCUUGGAUGAAGUUACUUUGUCAGAUCAUUUUAGGGUACUGUAUUGGACCUAUUUGUUUUCUUUGUAGAUUAAACCUGAACUAGUUAUCAAGCAUUUAGCAAAUUUAACCAAAUUGUAUCUAGGGUUAAUAUUUAACUUACUUUUCUGUAUUAUUAACAACAUUUUACUUUGACUUCCUUAGGUUCGUUCCAGGGCUCUCUAAAGUGUCUCUCAGAUGAGCUCCAGAAAAAAACAGACUUUUGUAGCUCACAGCGAAUUCUAUACAAAGGCGUAGACUCAAGCCCCUACCCAUGGCAGUGCAGUUUCUUCUGAGAAAGGAGUAGCCACUCAGACGGCAUUGGGGAAAAAGGGUGCAUGCAACUUUGUGCAGUGUUUCUGACUAGUUCGGGUUACUGCAGAUGUUCCUCCUUUUCCAUCUUGCCCUGAAUUAGAUGCUACAUAGCACAUAUGAUUUGAGAAACUCCUGUUGUUCAAAAAUGAAACAAAAAUAAAUAAUGCUUGAAGACGUGUUCUUGGAAACUUUUGGCAUUCCCACCUAAUUUAUUUGUACCGAUUAUUGCUUUAAAUCAUAGUAGACAACAACAUAAGAAGCACAUGAAAUUUAGCACUUUAAUAAUUUUCACAAUAUUAUACACUGUUAAAUAUGUUCAGGACAGCCCUACUAUCAUCUUAGAUGUUUAAGCUAUUUCUUAAUGAAGUACAUUGCUUGACUACUAAUUGUUAAGUCCAAGCAACUCCAAAGGACUCAAUUUUCCUGAAAGUGAAGAGUGUCAGGAAAUCACCAGAUUAGUGAUUAAACAGACAAACUAAAAAAGUAUUUGGCCCUUGAGUCGUUUGUGAACAGAGUAUGGUAGGUAGGGUGGGAGCUCUCUUAGCUGUAGCUACUUGACUCAGAAAUAUUCCAACAUCUUUUACCUGUUUAUCUUUCUUUUUUUUUAACUCUGGCAAACUUGAAUGAUUAUGAUGGUGUUAUAAAAGUUGGUACUUGGUGUAGUGAGACAACCCCAGUAGACAGUACAGUAGAAUAUAGCAUUUAGAUUUAACCAGCUAAAUAUUUAGAUUGUGUCUGCAGAGCCUGCAGCAGAAUUUCCUAUUAGGUUGAGUGAGAAUAUCACUAGCUUUUUUAGAUACCUUGGAGUACUUAAAAGUUUAAUGAUUUGAUUUUCUCGAAAGGGAUGUGUUUAGUGAUCCUUUCCUUCAAAAUGUCCUUUCUUGACUAGACGUAAGAUGUAUUUGAAGACAAUAUGUUUUUUUGUAGUUACUGUGUAUAGAGAAAUACUGUUUCCAUUUAUUGUUAUAUAAAGUGCCUUUUAAAAUUUCAUUCUUAUGUUUAAGACCUAACCUUCGAUGUGGUGUUCAUGUGACUUCACAGUGAUUUACCUAGUUUAUUAUCUUUAUUAUCUGUACAAUUGCACUAUUUUCAUGUACUUCUGAAUGCUAAUUUGUUUUUUUAUAGCACUGUUACUAAUUUCAGAAGGUUAUAGCAUAAAUCUCCCUCUUUAUUUAAUUAAUGUCACAGAAGUUUGUUUUAGGUUUUAAUGAUUGGUUUCUAGACAUAAAAGUAGCUCUUUUUUUCUUUGUAUAUUCUAGAUUUUCUGAUGUAGUCAUUUAUCUCACAUCUAACCUUGCUCAUCAUAGCCAUAGUAAAACAACUUAUAUUUGCUUAAUGGAUGUGUUUACUGGGAUAAAAACAGCAAGGUCAUUUUAAACAGUAAAGUUGAUGGCACUAUAUAUUUAUAUAUAGUAGUCUGUGGCAGCUUCCUUGUCAGUAUAAUUGUUUGUUUUUUUUUUCCUUUUUAAACUGGCAGCUUCUUUAUUAGUAUAACUGCAUUUAUUAGCCUUCAAAAUGCUAUUUUUGAGGGCAGCAUAUAUUCUUUCAGGCUACUUUACUGCAUUAUACCUAAGUGACCUGAUUGAUAGCAUCCUUAAGGGCCUGACACAUCCAGGAUAUAUACCUCUCAGGUGUUGUAAGCAAGGAGGUUGAAAAGACAAAGUCCAGAAUUCCCUCUCACUGUAGAAUUGGAUACUGAUAAGGGUAACAGAAAGGUUAGCCACACUCAUCAUUCUUGAAGUUCUAGUUCAUUGGGAUUCUGCUGAAGGUUUAGGAUUAUGUGUUAGAUCCUUUUAGGAGUAGAAGACUGCAAUAACAAUUUUUGUUCUUCAAUGUGAGGCAUAUUUUGCCCCAGUUUUGCACUGUCUAGUUCCCCUUUUUUUGAAAUUUACCCAUAUGUACUUAAUGUUGAUGGCUAGACCAAUAACUAAUUGUUACUGUGGAUACAUCUUAUGCAUGUCAUUCGGUUAGUCAGGUUGAUUCUGUGUGGUUUUUAGUGGACAUACAAACUAGACAGUUUUUUUUUCACUUAAAACUUAAAGAAGUUAUCAGUAAGUGAGUGUUGUUUACUGUAUUGAAUGCGGAUUUUCUUCAUAAUUAGCAAGUUUCAUAAACCAUUAAAAUCUAUGGAGUUUCCUUUCCUGGAUGAUUGAGAAUGGUGUUUUAUUAAAUUCUUUUUCUCUUACUAGUGUAGUCCCAUUUUUGUACUCCUGUGUCAUUUUUUAUUUGACUUUAUUAUAAUGCACUUUUGUAUUACUUAAGAUCUUACUACUGGAGUUUGUGUUCACUUCCUGUAGGAUGUAGAGGUGGUCCCAGUUCAGUUGUGUCUUGAGAGGGGCUUUAAGUAGCUCCUCAGGCUGCCCCAUACAUAUUUUCCUGCUUUCAUCUCCUGGGGGCAGGGACUUCAGGGGAAUGGCACCAUGCUGGGCUUUUAGUCCUGCCAGUCUUGCUAAGGGUUUUGAUACUGAUCUGUCUUUACCCAGAAUCUCUUCCCAAGGAAGUCUGAUUUUUCCCUUAAUCUCUUUGAUAUUGAGAUUUUGUAUACUUAGCAUAAAUGUGUAUGCAUGAUAUACGUGUAUGUAUGGUGUGUGUGUGUGUGUGUGUGUGUGUGUGUAGCACACGGAGGCCAGAGGUUGAUGUCAGGUGUCUUCCUUAUUUACUUUUCAUUUGUUUGUUUGUUUGUUUGAGAUAGGGUCUUUUAUUGAACUAUGAGAUCACAGGGUUAGCCAACCCAAGACUAGCUAGACAGUGAGGUCCAGGAAUUCUCCAUCCCACCCCCACCUCAUACUAUAUAUAUUACACAUGCAUGCUAAUGUGCUCAGCAUUUUACAUGGGUACUUGAGUCCUUGUACUUAUGUGGCAAGCACUUUAUCUAUUUUGAAUCCUUUCCCCACCCACCAAAGGAAAACUUUGCUCAAGUUUUCCUUCCGUCUCUCCCCCAUCGCUUCUCUUCCCUCUCUUUUCCUCCCCAACCACCUCUCAAUCCUAUUUCAUGUUCCUAAGUGCUGGAAUUAGAAAGUGUGAGCCAUUUUGUUCUACUAGCCAAGAUUUUGAUGUUAAUUUGUAUAUUUAAAUGUCAUUUAAUUUGUAUGUUUAAUAGUCAAAAGCAUUUGUGAUAAGAAUGUAUUUAGUUUUUUUUUAAAUCUUUAAAAAAAAAAUACAGGGGCCGAGAAUAUAGUUCAGUGAGAACAGUACUUGCCUAAUGGGCAGAAUGCCCUGGGAUCAAAUCCCAGUACUGCAUCAACUAGUAAUGGUAUGCCUAAACCCAGCACUUAGGAUGUAGGGGCAGGAGGAUCAGAAGUUCAACAUCUUUAGCUACUCUUUGAGUUUGUGGCCCUCACGGUCUACAUGAGACACUGUCUCAAAAAGAAAGAAAAAGAAUUUCAUAGCCAGUCCAGUCUCAGUUCUUCCUGACUCUUGAACUUUCAUUGUUUUUUUUUGGGGGGGGGAUUUGUAAUGUCUCAUUUCAUGGCAUUUUCUUAGUUCAGAUGUUUAUAUUUAAUUGGUGGUGUUGUUGCUGUUGGUUUUGUCUUAGAUACAGUGUCUCUAUAGUUCAGGUUGGCUCUGACUCCAAGACAAUUUCACCUCACUUUCCCAAGAACUGGGAUUCCAGAAGUGAGCCAUUGUAUGUUCUUCACAGAUCAUUCUGUAUAUAUUGUUAAUGGUUAAAUUUAUUAUCAUAAAAUUCAUUUAUAGUAUAGCUCUGAUAUGUUUAAAGUCAACCAAUCUUUGGGUUUUAAGGGCUUUACUAGUUUUUUUUGAGGGAGUUAUUGCAGAUGGUUUAUUGGAUUUUUCGAGGUUAGAGUUCUCAGGUUUCUUUUACAACUUGGAAGACCUUAGAUUUUGUUUUUGAGUAUUAUAGUGUGUUUAGUAUUCUUGCCUCUUCUCUUUUGUAUAAGUGAAAGUAAAUAUAUAUUUGGUGAUAUUUUUUAAAAAUUCAACUUUGACUGUAAAUGCCUCAAGUAUUGCUUUGUUAGAGGUUCUGUUCGUCCUUGUACAAGGCUAGCUUUCAUGUGCUCCUUUUCCCCAUGAACUUUAUGCCAUGUGUUUCGUUUUCUUUUCUGUAAGAGUGACUAUUACAGCAUUCCAUUUGAAGGGACACAGAACUCCCAUUUUUGUCUGUGAUGGCUGAGUCACACUCCUAGGACUUAUUUAUAAUGCAGUAUAUAUGUUAAGUAACUUAUUGUGCUAUGGACCCUUUGUAUCUUUUUUAGUUAGUGAGGCAACACUGACCUGAAUAAUGAUGGAAUGAAAUUACCUCCAAUUAAGACACAGGGUGUGUUGUUGUUGCUUGGUGUGUGUGGGAGGGAGGUGCUUUCAUAGAGGGUCUUGUUGUAUAGCCCAGGCUGGCUCAGGACUUGUUGCAACCCUCCUGCCUCAAGUGCUAGGAUUCCAAGUCUUGUUUGAAAAACAUUUCAUUGCCAGCUAGGUGUGAUGUCCCAUACCUUUGAUUCCCAGCAUUAUGGAGGCAGAGGCAGGCAGAAGAUCCCUAUCACUUCUAGGCCAGCCUGAUCUAUAUGGCCAAUGGUAGGCCAGCCAAGGCUACAUAGUGAAACCCUGUUUCAAGAAAAAAUUAAAAAAACAAUAACAAGUCCUAUUUCUUUGUGGAAAUUUUCCUGUUUGGAAUGCAGCCCAUUCCAUAAUAUCUUAAAUAAAAUAUAUUUAAUAUGUAAUAACCUCAUUUAGAUUCUUAGCACAGAAUUGUGCAUGUAUUUAUAUUUCUUUAAUGACCUGUAAUAGCUCUGUGUAUUGUGAAUGCUUAGACUACCUUGAUCUUGGUUGCAGUGGAUUUGUCGGUUUCCUGUCUGGAAGAAAGGCAAGGACAGAACGUGUGUGCUGUAUGUACUAAGCAUUCCUAGCUACCUUCAUCUCUGUGCAGAUGUGUUCCAGUGGUGUGCCUCCACUUUGAUGCAGACUCCCUCGGGUCACAUCUUUUAGGGACAAAUCUUUUUCUGUUUAUGGCUAUCCAUGUCGUCUUGUUAAUACUUGGUACUGAGUUUUAGUUAUCCCACCUUUGAGAUGAGGAAUAACCUUCACUCUUCUGUCGAGGUUCUGUGCUAUGGCUGUUGUCACAGUGCUCACAGCUUCUGCUCCACUACUCAGACUCAGUUCACUCAUGGCACUGAUUAGUCAUAAUUUUUAUCUCUUACUUUUUUGUUCCAUUUUUGUGUAGUGAAACAAAGGUGGAAUGGUGUUUGAAUUUUAAAACACUAAAGGCUUUGACCUCAGUAUUAGCAAGUCACUUAUUGUCUCAGCCUCUGUUUCCCUACUUUAAGGUACUAACUGGGUGUAGUGGCACACGCCAUUACAUGCCAGCACUGGGAGGCAGAGACAGGCUAAUCUACAUAGUGAGUUCCAGGACAGCCAGGCCUACAUGGACCCUGCCUCCAGACAAAUAAAUACUUUGAAAAACACUAAAGCCUAAUGCAGAUUUAAUUUUAUAACUAAUUUUGUUAUUCUGCAUUCUUAGAUUUCCUGUGAAUGGGAUGAAUUGCAUGCUUUUUACUUUUUUGAAAAUUUCAUACUUGUGUACCAUGUAUCUUCAUCAUGUUCGUCCCCACUCCCUCCUGGUUUCCUGGGCCUCCCUAAACAAAUCUCCCCUCCAGCUUAGAAAUCUCCCUCCCAGCUUAGCUCUUUUAAAAUUUCCCACAGCUUUAUUUAGUGCUGCCCAUGUGUACAUGGGUGUGGGGUCAUCCACUGGGCAUGGGCAGCUGUCAGUCACACCUCAGUAUCCACUGUGUGUAGGCAAGGACCGAGAAAGGUAUGGGUACACUGAGGUCUGGUUAUGGAAUACGUUCUCACAUGGGACUCCAUCCAGAACAGAAGCCGAGGAAGAGCCAGGCAUUCUGAUGCCCGUACACUGCAGUAACUUCUUUAUUCACAGGAAUACGUGUGGUGACGUUGUCAUGAGAAAGGCCAGCUAGAGAGGUCAGAAAAGCCUUCCUACCAGCUGACUCAGCUGACUUUGGAGGGUGUUAGUGUAGUUGGUCUGCUGGAGAAGCAGCCUUUGAUUUAGGAGGGAGAACUAAGACUGCCAUGAGGUGUGUCUGGCUUCAGAACGGUAAGAACAGCCUUACAGAUGUACAGAAAUGAAGGAAAUGAAACUGUGGAGAGGCUAAGUUAUGCAUGAAGAUGUGUCGUUUCCUGUGACUCGGUGUAUUGCUUGUGUGGCCGUUGCCUAAAGGUUAUGGAAGUGUUCAGAAAUUGUUUUAUACUGUGUCUGCUAUGCACGUCUAAAAUAAUUGAAGCUGAAGAAAGACCUCAACAUUGCAUUCCUUUCCUGGGGCAGUUUAAGCAGUGAGCGAGAACUGAGGACUGGUGGAGAGCACUGAAGACACAGAGUAGAAUCCCUCCUGGCUAAUGCUGCAUAGGGUCCUUUAGCCAGUACCUUCUUCAGAGCAGCAGCUGUGGCCGAUAGCUCUCAGUUUUGACUUAGGAACAGUUUCCGGGCAGACGUGGAGAAAAUGAACAUGUGUAAGAAUGUUGUAGUUGGCACCUGCAGGUGAUUUGUGCUCAUGCAUUUUGUGCUUGUGGUAAUUCCAGUAGCCUCUGAACACUUUAUCAACCUCUGCUUUUUUUCUUUGUUUUUUCUCCUUUUUAUUUUUCUGAUACAGGAUCUCAUGUAGCUCAGGCUGACCUUGAACUCACUGUAUAGCUGAGGAUGACUUAGAAUUUUUGAUCCCCCUGCCCUCACCUCUUGAGUGCUAUGGUAACAGACAUGGGUGACCAUGCUUGGUUUAUGUGGUGCUGAGGCUCAAACCCAGGGCCUUGUUGAAUGUUAGGCAAGCACCUUAUAGUUACAUUCCAAGUUCUCUUUCUGUUUUGAGACAGGGUCUACUCUGUAGCCCAGGCUAACCUCAGAUAGGCAGUGGUCCUUCUGCUUCAGCCUCCUGAGUGUGGGAAUCACUGGCAUGAGCCACUGUGUCUUGUCCUGCUCACUUUUCCUUCCCUCCUCUCUUUUUCUCUGCCUCCCCUCCCACCUCCUUCCUCCCCUUCGCUUUCUCUGUCAGAGGCAUCACAGUGGCACUCAGGGUUAAAAGUAACUCUUUCUCACAAUUUCACAUAGUCUAAGAUAGUUAGAAAUCCUCCUUUAAUUCCAAAGUUGUAUAAACUCCUGCGCGCAUGCACAUACGUGUUUCCUGUGCUGAGGGUCUGUCAUUAGAAAAAUAAAUAUAGAAAGAUACUAACAGCUUACUCAAAAGAUAUGACAGGUAGAAUCUUAUUUAACAGAUUUGGUGGUACCAGCUUUCUUACUGGUAAAAAGUAUAGAAUGGGGUAUAUCUGCAUGUUUGGAUUUUGACUUUGUUUAUAUAAAGCAGAUAUUCUGUGAACUCUGUAUUUGUGAACAAUAAAUUGGAGUGGGAAGGAGAUGGCUUUGUAAAAAGGGUUUUUUGGUUUUAAAAUUAUCACUGGGGGUGAUGAAUAUAUAUUGUACUGCAUUGUGUUUAUCUCCUGCUUUAUCUGUAUUUGUAUAUAAAAUUCUUGAGAAAACUUGCUGCCUUUCAAACUUUUUUGGGAUGAGACUUGAAUCAUAAAUUGGGCAAAAGGGACUUCUGGUACCUAGAACUUUGGGAUUACAGAUUACAAACCAACCUUGGAAAACUGAUGACAAAGGGCUUUAAAUUUGGUAAUGCGUUUGUUUCAGGAAGUCUUCCCGACCAAGUACUCUAGGCAGAUGGUUAGUGUAUACUGUUUUGCAGUUGGCCUCUGUUUUUAGCUUUUUGAACUUGGGGUCCUUUACAUAGCAGUUAAGGGUAAUGAAGCUAAAUGAACUUUUGCCUUGGGUCGUUUUCUGUGCACGCCUUUUACUAUUCAACCUCC